CCUCCGUGGGCCUAUAUGCUGAUCCACAUGCAGGUGCGGAUGUACCUAAUAAUAUUUCCGGUAUCAUUUAGCGUAUUUCGCGGUUUUUGAGGGUGAGCUACAAAUAGCAAAGGGUGUUCAAUUACACUAUCGGAUCGUCGACAAAGCAUAGAGACAACCCCAGAACUAGAACUGAUAAUUAAGGUCAUAACCAUGGAGACUGGUAAAGGAGCAUCGUUGCUUUCUCAAGCCCCAGCAUAUGUAGCAGAAUGUUCUCACGAGUAUGAUGGGUUCAUCAUGCCAAAGAUGAUGCCAGCUAGAUGCAUUGAAUCUGCCAAAAACUUCAAAGUCAGGGAUGACGAUCUCUUUCUAACAACUUAUCCUAAAUCAGGUACGACAUGGGUGCAGCAGAUUGUUCUUCUCGUUCAUCAUGACGGUGAUAAAUCCAAACUUGAAGGCAAACACAUCUUCUCCAUGGUCCCAUUCAUAGAGGCUGUUGUAGGCAUGAGCAAAGAUAAUGCCGAUACCGCACGCAUGCAGUCAGAGGUCGCAGAAGAGAAACCGUCACCGAGGAUCCUGAAGACUCAGCUCCCACCUCGCUUGCUCCCUGCGAGCAUCCACGACGGGUCAAAGGGCAAGGUCAUUUACAUCGCCAGGAAUCCCAAAGACAUGAUGGUGUCCUACUUUCACUUCUGUAAGAUAACCGCCAAUCUACCGACCUAUGACUCUUGGGAUGUCUUCUUCGAAGAAUUCAUGGCUGAUAGAGUACCAAGAGGUUCCUGGUUUGACAGCGUGCUUUACUGGUGGAAGAGAAAAGAUGAUCCAGCAGUACUCUUCCUUAAAUUUGAAGAUAUGAAAAAGAAUUUAAAGGGAGCAGUCAAGCAGAUCAGUGAGUUCAUGUGCAAGUCUUUGUCUGACGAAACCAUUGAGAGCAUCGUAGAGAGUAGUACAUUUGAUGCCAUGAAGAAGAAUAGGAACUCCAAUCCAGAUAGUCUACCCCAGCUUCAGGCUGAUGCUAGUAAGAAGAAGACCUUCUUGAGGAAAGGUGUUGUUGGUGACUGGAUGAAUUUCUUCAGUGAUGAACAGAACGAACGCUUUGAUGCGGUCUACAAGGAGAAGAUGGCUGGAUCUGGUCUGGACUUUGUUUUCCAACAGGAUUAGAUAUCUGUACUUGGACUUAUACAGGUCUUCGAGAAAGAACACUACAAGGACUAAAUUCUCGGUGCUAAAUUUUCUUUCUUAUAUAUUUGUUUUAUGUGAGUCACUUUUCACUAGUGCAGGUGGAAUAAUAAUGUUCAUUUUCUUUCUUCUUCUAAAAGACAAAAUAUUUUUGUUUUGGGCUAAUGGUAUGACAAACUUGUUCCAAAUCGGCUGAAUUAUUACUAAAAUUGUUGAAAAAUUAUUCUUUCUUCAAUAAGAGUAGUUGUUCAUUACUAUGUCAAAAUUUGUUUAGGGAUGUCCUGUAUGAUUUGACGGCUGAAAAUAUCUAAGGUGUCCAAAAUAUAGGCUUUUACUUAUGGGUCUGUGUAAUUGUUGAUUACUGUUCAUACCUCUUUGCCAGUCAAUUCUGUACUAUGCAUGAUAUGUUAUAUGAAGAUGUAUUUUUUCAUGGUGGAAAGAAUUGAUCAGAUAUUGAUGUCAAAUUUAACAUGUAUCAUACCAAAAAUUGAUGAAGUACUCCAUCGUAAUAUAAAAAAUGUGUGUUGCCUCCCCCCCCCCCCCCCCAAAAAAAAAACCCUCUGCAAAUAUACUACAGAACAAUAGUUGUAUGUGCAUUCAUUGAUACUAGUUAUUACUAUUAAUUCUGUUAGGCAAAUUAAGAAAUUAAGAUAUAGAAGUCAAUGAAAAAACACAAUUAUGAGACAGUGAAUCAAUGUUGCAAUCAACUUGCUAAUUUGCAUCAAAUUUGCACACUUGAUAAUGAAAUAAGAAUAGACUACCGCGGGUAGCCUUUUAUCUGUGGACAAAAAGCACAGAUUAUGUGUUUCCUGUACUUUUAAUGAAUCACCAUAGUCUGUGGGCAGGCUGUUUCCUAAUGUUACGUAAUAUUUCCUAUAUAAUUGUAUCAAUGGUGCUUCACUUGAUUUGCUGUCUGACAUGAUCAGAUGUACAGUAAGAUUCACGUAUUAAGAAUGAGAAAAACCCAAGGUUUUACAAUGAAUUUCAGGCUCUUCUAAAAAAGAUGAAGUUUUUUUCUCUAUCAGUGAACCAGGGGGAGGGAUGGCAAGUGCCUUCCAGCAAAACCAAGAUUUUCUAUUGAGAUCUUUAUAGUAGAAUAGUAAAGUAAUUAUGGUUUAUACUUGCUCCUUACUAUCCUUCAAAUAAAUGCAAAGUUCUACGGGUCAUAUGUGCUCAUUUCAGGUGGAAUCAGCAGAGCUUAUAACUGCCGGGAAACUACAACAUUUUUCUGAAAACGUUUCUUUUCUUUGUUCUGAUUAUUAUUAUUAUUAUUAGUUUCAUUAAUAUUAUUAUAUUAUUAGUAUUAUAUCUCCUUCUUUCUUGAUAGAUCGAGAGAUAUCCUUGCAUAUCUCCAGAAAGGCUUUAAUUAUUAAAUAAGGAGGCUUUAAGAAAUUAAAUGGCUUAUGUCCAUUUUAGAUUUGUGUUUGUUUAUUGUGUCUAGAUAUGAACGUAAUUCGGAUAUCAUCAGUAUAUCGACUAGUUAUAUUCUUUGUGUGAAUUGUAAAGUUACAUUGACAUUUUUUUAGCAUUUGUUCUUGGGUAUAUUUACCAAGUAUAAUACUUUCUUGACAACCGGAUAUGCCAUUGACCAAACUCACCAAAGGUAAUGUUUUGUGUGCUGUUAUUUUUUAUAUUGAUCAUAAAUAAUUCUAUGCUGAAUAUUAUGAAUGUUAUUGAUAGAGUUAGAUGACAUCAUGUGAGAAAUAUUAUUUUAUUUAUCAUUAAGUUUUUCUCUGACCAAAGAUUUUGUGAUAUGUAAUGCCAUAUGUGUCAAUGACCAAAGCUGUCAUGUGUAAUAUUGAAUGAAAGAGAAUUUAUCAUGUGAUAAAUUUACUUCAAAGUAAAAGAAAAUGCAAUGUUGUAUGUCUUGCUAUAUCAGAUAAUAUUAUUUUGGCAAAAAAUAAUAUAAUAGGCUCUGUACAUGCAUCAUGUUGUUCAUCAUAAAUAUUAUUAUGUAAACAUGUGUAUUUCGAUUGCAUUGAGCAUGGAAAAAUGUAAAAUAUACUUUGGAUCAUUUUUUCUUUCUGCAACAUAAAUAUAUGGUACCAGCAUUAUAUUUGUAUUUGAGAACUGAAAAUACAAUCUCACAUCUGUUUUAUGAUUGUAAUCUGUAAUAAAUCAUAUAUUAUGAUACCUAAUAUAGUCCAUAGUUGAGGACUUGCUUGUAUUAAACAAUCUUGUAUCUAUCUGA